CGCCACGAAGAGCACAAAGUGGAUGGAGCCCUCGUACUUGUUGGCGGCGAUGGUGACCCACAGGCCGGCGCCCAGGACGAUCUGGAGCAGCCGGACGACCCCCGGGAAGCUCCGGACGAAUUUAGCCAUGUGCUGCCUCACCUGCGACGAAGCUUGCUGGGUUGCCAUGAUCGUCUUUCUCCUCCCCCCGCUUGUUGCCGAGCAGGGCGGGUGCCUUCUGCCAGCUGCACACAGCUGGCGUCGUCGGACGGAAAAGGACGACGAAUUUGGAGGAGGUCGAGAGAGAAAAAAAACGAGACGCCCCCUCCUCUCGAAAAAGAGAGCAGAGAAAAAGAAGGAACUGACUGUUCUUUUUCAAUGAAAAGCACGUCUUCUCGUGGGGUUCGUCUUUUCCGCUUCCUCUGGUCAAUGUAGCGUCUGUGUUGUCGGGGUGGGCCGGCCGAGGAGGAAGAGAAGGCACUCCUGCAAUCGUCACACCUUUUCUGUUACAAACUGACCCCGGCCCCUCAUCAGAGAAGGGAAAGGUUAUGUGGCCCUCACAGGAAAAAGAAUGGGGACCCCUGCCUUAAAAGUAGGUCAAAUCAGGAAACGCCCACUGCCGCCAUUGGCAGAAAGCGAGGAAGAAUUCUCUUUUUCCGCGAUGUGAUUGGACAAGAAAACCCGGAAAUGUGGCGGUGAUCCAUAGACUGGAUAAAUUUCCUCUCCAUCCGUAGCAGUCUGCUACUCGGCUCAUCGCAGGAGUCCAUCGAGGCAGGUAUAUGCUCACGUCAUUUUAAUUGACGUAUUCGUCUUUUCGACCCGAAAUGGCCGUCUACAAAUUGGUGCUAAUUCGCCACGGCGAAAGCAACUGGAACCAGGAAAAUCGCUUCUGUGGCUGGUUUGAUGCCGAUUUGAGCGAGACUGGGGAGAAGGAGGCGAGGAGGGGUGGACAGGCCCUCAAAGACGCCAACUUUGAGUUUGACAUCUGCUACACGUCAGUGCUGAAGCGGGCCAUCCGGACGCUGUGGCUGGUCUUGGACGCUAUCGACCAAAUGUGGCUGCCCGUGCAUCGCACUUGGCGCCUCAACGAGCGCCACUACGGCGGCCUGACGGGCCUCAACAAGGCCGAGACGGCCGCCAAGCACGGUGAGGCGCAGGUCAAGAUCUGGAGGCGCUCCUUCGACGUGCCGCCUCCACCCAUGGGCCCCGAGCACGACUUUGAUGCCGUCAUCAGCAAGGAUCGGCGCUACGCGGACCUGACCGAGGAUCAGCUUCCCACCUGCGAGAGCCUCAAGGACACCAUCGCUCGGGCGCUUCCCUUCUGGAACGACGAGAUCGCCCCGCAAAUUAAACGGGGCAAGAGAGUGCUCAUUGCUGCGCACGGAAACAGCCUGAGGGGCAUCGUCAAGCAUCUGGAGGGAAUGUCUGACGCGGCCAUUAUGGAACUCAACUUGCCCACCGGCAUUCCCAUCCUGUACGAGCUCGACAAGAACCUGAAGCCCGUCAAGCCCAUGCAGUUCCUGGGAGACGAGGAGACCGUGCGCAAAGCCAUGGAGGCCGUAGCCGCUCAAGGCAAGGCUAAGAAGUAAAACGUAAAAUGUUACCAAUGGUUGUGUCUCGUUGGAAUACUGUAACUUGCCUGUACUUUUAAACAUACAAAGUUAAGACUGUAAAUAAAAGGUCUAUUAAUAUAAGAAACUCCAAUAAAGCAUGACUGGACAGUACAAGUGUUUAUUUCUGCAGUUUAUUCUACAACAUAGCAGUCUUUUAAAGUGUCGUGUUGAAAUGUUUACUAUAUUGUGUCUGGAAUGUUGUCUAAUGUUGACUUAUCCGAUAUUGUGAAAGCAAAACAUGGUUUCCAUUUCCCCAGUGUAGUCAUUUUAAUUUGCAGACCAUUUGUCAACAGUGUUUUCAUUCUUUGUAGUGUAAUGUAAUUGCAUGACAUUGGAAGUAAAGAUGUACUGUUUGUCUGUCUUUA